UGGUUACCGGGGCGACCGAACGGACGGCGCCCGGGCCCAGGGGUCGCUGCGGUUGUCACCCGGGUGGAGAGCCGGCUGGAGCUGGGGAGCAUCGGGCAGGCCGGAGCCCGGCAGCCGACUCGCCCUGCCUCCCGGGCCGUGCUCCCCUCGGCCGCGCUCGCCCUCGCGCCGGGGCUCGUGCUGCACAUGGGAGCCCGGGUCGCCCAAGAUGCGGGCGCCGGCCAGGGAGCUCUUCCAAGACGCCGCCUUCCCCGCCUCGAGCUCCUCGCUCUUCUCCAGCUUCUCUACGCCGCUGGCCCAGUUCCGGGAGGACAUCACGUGGAAGCGGCCCCAGGAAAUUUGUGCCACGCCCCGGCUGUUUCCAGAUAACCCCCAGGAAGGACAAGUGAAGCAAGGGCUGCUGGGGGAUUGCUGGUUCCUGUGUGCCUGUGCCGCCCUGCAGAAGAGUCGGCAUCUCCUGGAGCAGGUCAUUCCUCCCGGACAGCCGAGCUGGCUCGACCAGACGUACCGUGGCUCCUUCACCUGUCGAGUUUGGCAGUUUGGACACUGGGUGGAGGUGACCAUAGAUGACCGUCUGCCUUGUCUUGCAGGGAGACUCUGCUUCUCCCGGUGCCAGAGAGAAGAUGUGUUCUGGCUUCCGUUACUGGAGAAAGUCUAUGCCAAGGUCUAUGGGUCCUACGAGCACCUGUGGGCAGGGCAGGUGGCGGAAGCCCUGGUGGACCUAACCGGGGGCCUGGCAGAAAGGUGGAACCUGAAGGACUUGGCGCACACCAGUGGCCAGCAGGACAGACCCGGUGACUCGGAGCCCAGGACUUGCCGGCACCUGCUGGGCCUCAAGGAGCGCUGUCUGAUCAGCUGCUCGGUGUUCAGCCCCAGAGCAGGCUCCCGGGAGCUGGGGGAGUUUCACGCCUUUAUUGUCUCAGACCUGCGCGAGCUCCGGACUCCUGCCGGUCCCAGCAUCCUGCUCCUGUGCAUUCAGAACCCCUGGGGCCGGCGCUGCUGGCAGGGGCCCUGGAGAGAGGGGGGCGAAGGUUGGAGCCGGGUGGAGGCGGCCGACCAGUCUGAGCUGCUGUCCCAGCUCCAGGAAGGGGAGUUCUGGGUGGAAGAGCAGGAGUUCCUCCAGGAGUUUGACGAGGUCACCAUUGGCUACCCAGUCACAGAGGCCGGCCACCUGCAAAGCCUCUACUCGGAGAAGCUGCUGUGCCACACUCAGGCGCUGCCUGGGGCCUGGGUCAGGGGCCAGUCGGCAGGAGGUUGCCGGAACAACAGCGGCUUCCCCAGCAACCCCAAGUUCUGGCUGCGGGUCUGGGAACCAAGCGAGGUGUGCGCUGCCGUCCUGCAGAGGCCCAGGGUGCGCACAUCCGACUGGGCCGGCCGGGCCCGGGCACCCGCAGGGGACGACCACACUGCGUGGAGCCCGGCGCGCACCCCAGGCCAGGACUACCCUGCCGUGGGCCUACAUCUCUGGAAGGUGGAGAAGCGGCGGGUCAGCCUGCCCCGGGUUCUGUCCACGCCCCCCGUGGCUGGCACCGUGUGCCAUGCGUACGACCGUGAGGUCCAUCUCCGCUGUGAGCUCGCCCCUGGCUACUACCUGGCUGUCCCCAGCACCUUUCUGAAGGAUGUACCAGGGCAGUUUCUGCUCCGGGUCUUCUCCAGUGGGAGAGUCUCCCUCAGUGCCAUCAAGCCGGUGGCUGAGGGCCCCGACCCUGAAGGGGAGUGGGAGACUGUGCGGCUGCGGGGCUCCUGGAGGAUUGGCCGGACGGCGGGGGGCAGCAGGAACUUCGCAUCCUACCCCACCAACCCCUGCUUCCCGCUCUCGGUGCCGGGGGGCGCGGGCCCCCGCUGUGUCCGGAUCAGUCUGCACCAGCACUGCCCGGACGGCGACCGCCAUCCCAUCGGCUUCCACGUCUUCCAGGUUCCAGCAGAUGGCGGGGACCAGGGCACAACCUCUCUGUUGCUCCAGAAGCCUCUGCUGAGCUGUGUGCCACACUGCUACGCCCAGGAAGUGAGCCGGCUCUGCCACCUCUCUGCGGGGACCUACAGGGUGGUGCCCUCCACCUACCUGCCGGACACAGAGGGUAGCUUCACCGUGACCAUAGCGACCAGGAUAGACAGGCGCUCCAUCCACAGCCAGGAAAGGCUGGGGCAGCUCCUCCAGGAGGCCUCCUUCCAGGCAGUGAUGAAGACCUAACUGGAUGACCCCGAGUGUCAACUCUGGUGACUGGGGUCCCCGGGGCUCACGGAGGCCCACAGCGUCCCCACACGGUGCCACCAGCCUCAGGGCUACGGCUUCCCCUCCUGAGCUCAGCAGCCGUGUGUGCCUGCCGGUCCAGGUGACGAGCCCUGGGGUUGGGCAGGUGCUGCAGGAACGGCAAGAAAACCCCUGUGGGCAUCUUGUCCCACCGCCUGGCGGCAGCGUGACGAAAACCCCCACAUCUUCUCUCAGGGCUCCCGAGAGAGGCUUUAUGGCAGACAGACGGGACUAUGUCACGACACACCCUGUUUAAAACUAUUUGUUAGAAAUGUUUUUAGGAUGUAACUUUAUAAAUAAAUGUGAGUGCUGAGUGGU